AUGUCUACCAUCCACCACCCCUUAACCGAACACAACCUCUCCCUCCAUAACCAACACCAACACAUUGAGUCUAACCCUCCAGUCCCAACAAGCACCUGGGUCGACUCCCUCAUUGCCUCCGAACGCGUCCACCUCUUCACCACCCAACUUGCCCAAUCCCUCUCCAAUCCCCCACCCACCAACAUGGACAUCGACACAGACCUCCAGAAUAUUUCAAACCUCUCACACGACUCAGCCCUCUCUCCCUUCAAACUCUUCGAGCAUACAUAUACACACCACCAGACCGUAUAUCAGGAAACCCCACUAGAGCGCUUCCUGACCCCGGGAUACAGUGACCCAUGCUACGUGGUCAAGUCUGCACUGGCGGAUAUGGGAGUGCAGUUUGGGAGUUUGGAAGGGGGUGAAAAGAGGAAGAAGAUCGCGAGGGCGAAUGUGGAGGUUGUGAGGGCUGUUAGUGCUAGUGCUGGUAGGAGUGAAGGUUCGUAG